AAGGCCAUAAUCGUCACGAUGGCUAUUUAAAACAUCCCAAGGGAUGUCCCAAGUCCCUGGUUGUAUAAUUAUAUUAAGUUUAAGGUGCUUACUUAUUUUUCAUUCUAAUAUUUACUAUUUAGUUCAAGGCCACUGUAUAUUAGCCCAUAUUAUCAUUCCAUUGUCACAAAGCCACCGAAAAGUACCAAAAAAACCCAAUUAGCAACGGCGAAAGAAAAUUUCACCAACAUGAAUAUGAAAACCCAUGUAUUUUCGUAAACCAUACUUAUCAGUCGGCGCACGCGCCACUAACAAUGACACCUAAUCGGCAACCAUUACACAACGAUGAUCCUCGCUUAUAGGCCAAUGUCGCGCCUACACGGAAUAUCGAUCGAGAUGACACAUCCGGACUCAACGGAAAACAAAAUCAGCCAGGAAUAUGUAUAAAAGCUGACACUAAACAUCACAGCAUCAUUCGAGUUCCAACAUUCGAAGAAGCAACACCAUCAUGAAAUCCUUCGCCUGCGUUCUCCUCUUAGCUGCGUUUGUGGCGGCUGAGCCACCGAGCUACAGAUCAAGAUUCUUCCAAAGACAGGAAGCUGAACCUACUACUGCUAGAAACGAGGAAGCACCUUACCCAGCAGCAGGUUACAAGCCUUCGAAAGAAUUCAAGCUACCAGCCAGAGAAGCUGCCCCACCUGCGACAUCCUAUGGAGUACCUUCUGAUAGCUACGCAGUUCCUUUCCAUACUUUCAACGCUCCGCAAACUGAAUACGGAGUCCCAAGAAAGAGUGCCGAACCUGAGAGAGAGAAGGAAGACAAAGAAGAGGUAGAAAGCUUGAAAGUGGAAGGUUUACCCAAAGAAACAAAGGGAAAGCUUCAAGAGAAUUCUGAGGUCGUAAACGCUAAUGGUGCUUACUACGUGUUACUCCCAGAUCUUCAGCUCCAAAGAGUACAGUACGAAACACAGAACGACAUUCGCAAUAUGGCAUAUACGGCGCGUCUGCAGUACAGGAAUGAGGACCGAGCCCCGAUAUACGUGUACACUGCUGUUCCUCAGUACCAGAAUGCCGCUUACGUCCAAGUGCUUUAAGUUAUUAGCUUUCGGAAAGCUUAUGGUUGUUUUAUAUUGUGUAAAUGUGGAUAAAAUGUCAGUCACUUUCGAAAUCACCUGUCAGAGCGUGACAUUUGUGGAGUCAGACCAAGCUAACUUUGCACCAAUUUUAAUAGGACAAACAAACUCAUUAUUAACAUCAUAUUUUCAUAGAAAUUUGACAUGAAUAAUAACAUGACAACGCUUUGUCAUUGCAAACCAUGCAGAGUUAUUUUGGUCCGACUCUGUCUUUUCUACGAUGUACUUGAAUUCCUCUCCAUUUUUUACUUUGGGCCGAUGAUCGCAUUUAUCGCGUGAUAAAAACCAAAACAAAGCUCUCUUUUAAAAACGUGAUAGAGUCAAACCAAGAUAAGUCUAACUUCCAUGAAAUUAUGACGUUUACUUGACACUUGAACUGUCUUGGCUAACAAAAUGACUGUCGACUUAUCUUGGUCUGACUCUAGACACGAAGAUUUUCGAAUAAUAAAUGCGACCACGGUACCUACGCAUUGUGGUCAUAUUUCAUAGAAAAGAAACCACCAUUGCCUUUGUGAAUGUUUUAUAAACUUUGUACACAUAUAAACACGACCAUAACAUAACAAUUUGAGAUUAAAAACGAGACUGAAGCUUCAAGUUCGCUCAUUUGCUAAACACUCGUGAAUAACGAAACAAAAAUAAAAGCCAAGUGUACAUAA